GAAUGUCGGGGGCCCCGUAUAAUUGAUACGGCUGAUACGGCGGUAGCUACGCCCCUGUGUUUACUAUUAAUAAUAUUGGAUAUGAGCAGGUGCGUUGGUUUUGUAGUAAUUUCCAGUCACUUCUGACAACUGAAUUUUUCAAAAAAGAAAUUACUAACGUCAGUGUCAAAAAAAAUCUCGCGAGAGCGAAUGUAGUAUACUGACAGUUGGUUGGUUUAUUUAUUCAGUUUAUUGAUUUAUUUAUUAUUUGUAAAUGUACAAAUGUAAUUUGUAAAGUUGUUCAUUCAUUAUUUAAUUAUUCAUUCCAUUCAAUCAAAUGGAAGUAAAACAAGAAGUUAGUGAUGAGGUGUGUAAAGCUGAGAUAGGUUAUAACUCUGUAGGUGAUGGUCUUUUGGAUAUUUGUAAAAUUGAAGUAAAGGAGGAACCCAAGCCAGAAAGUGCAUUUGAUUUAAACUUACAAGAAUUCCCCAUAAACACUGAAAUAGAACAAGAGGAACAUAAACUUACGUCAUGUGAAGAUAGACAAACAAACCGAGAGGGGUUGACACAAGAGGAAGACACAUUGAAAACUGUACCUGUAUAUUCAAGUGAUAAAAAUCCAGAUGAAAGUCUACCUGCUGAAGAAAAUACAUUCAAAUGUGAAAUUUGUUUUAAGCAGUUUUUCCAGCAAUCUUCAUUAGAAUCUCACAUGAAAAAUCACACUGGAGAAAAAUCUUUCAAGUGCGAAAUUUGUUUCAAGCUGUUUUCUCUGGCAGGUGGUUUGAAGCAACAUAAAAAAACACACACUGGAGAAAAACCUUACCAGUGUGAAAUUUGCUUCAAACCAUUUUCUCAACGAAGUCAAAUGAAACAACAUAUGAGGUUGCACACUGGAGAAAAGCCUUACAAGUGUGAACUUUGUUUGAAGCAGUUUUCUCAACUAAGCCAUAUGAAACAACAUAUGAGGUUGCACACUGGAGAAAAACCAUACAAGUGUGAAAUUUGUUUUGAGAAGUUUUCACAAGCAAGUUCUUUGAAAUAUCAUUUUAGAUCGCAUACGGGAGAAAAACCAAACAAAUGCGAAAUUUGUUUCAAGGAGUUUGCCCGAAAAGGUUAUUUAAGUGAACACAUGAAAGUUCACACCGGACAAAAACCUUAUAAGUGCGAAAUUUGUUCUAAGGAGUUUGGUUUUGUACAUAAUUUUAAACAACAUAUAAACACGCACACUGGAGAAAAACGUUAUAAGUGUGAAAUUUGUUUUAAGCAGUUUACUGCACAAAUUAGUUUGAAACGACAUAUGAGAUCGCACACUGGGGAAAAACCACACACUUGCGAAAUUUGUACCAAACAGUUUGCUCGUAAAAGUACUUUAAACACACACAUGAAAGUUCAUACUGGGGAAAAACCUUAUAAGUGCGAAAUUUGCUUUAAGCGGUUUGGAGAAGCUCACCAUUUGAAACAACAUACAAAAAAGCACACUUGAGAGAUUCCUAAUUAUCCCCAGUCGUAGAAGAAAGAAAACUAAUUCCCCAACACUAAUUUGGGUUCAGAACACAACACGGAACGAUAGAACAGCUACAUAGACUGGUAAAACACAUCAGAAGUGAUCUAGAAAAUAAAAGGUAUUGCCCUGCUGCAUUCCUGGACAUUGGUCAGGCCUUCGACAAGGUAUGGCAUGCUGGUAUCCUAUUUAAACUAAAGAAAAACCUUCACCAUCCUUUUUCUCUCUCUCUCUCUCUCUCUCCUAUGGCGCUACAGGCCAAGUCUGGCCCUGGCCUCUCCCAGCAUCCGCCUCCAAGUAUCUCUGUCUCUGGCUGCUCUCCUCCAGUUGUCCACCCUCAAUAUCUCUUUAGCAUCGGUUCUCACUUCCUCUAUCCACCUCUUACUUGGUCUUCUUACUGGCCGACGCGCGACGUCCCUCCAUAGUUCCACUAAGCGUUCUACUAGGUAUUCUUUUCUUAUCCAUUGUCCAGUCUUAUCCACUAUCCAGUUGCCAUUAAGUCAUUGAAAUGUGAUCAACUCAAUUUGGAUCCCACGUGUUGGGAAACCUGUAUACCUUACCUUAGGGCAUUAUCCUGUUUGCCAUGUGACCAUCACGGGCCUUUUUCUUGAAGUAUGCACUUUUAAGGCAUCUAUAUUUUAUGUAAAGGGUUUUUACCCAGAUAUUUUUCUUUUGUGGCUCAGCUAGCAUCCAGUUUAUCGAACACUGAUGAUGAUUUUUUAUAAAAAUCGAAAACGUUUUGUUGUGAUGUAGCCCUUUUAAGGGAUUUUUAAUAAAAAAAUUUUAUACCUUUUACAAAGGAUUUCUUUCCAACUUUUCUUAUCCCUUCUUAUAAGGUGACCUAACAAGCGCAAUCUUUGUAUUUUUGCGUAAUUUGCUAUAGAGGGUUCUCUGUAAUAUUGGUAUAACUCGUGGUUGAACCUUAGUAUCUUUAUACCAUUGUCGCAAAUAAUGGAUCCCAGUAUCCUCCUUAACAUCUUUCUUUCAAAAGUAUUAAUAUGGUUUAUUGUCUUUUCAGUCAUAAUCCACGUUUCUACACCAUAUGUUGCUAUUGGCCGUAUGAUGGUUUUAUAUAUUUUAAACUUUACUUCCCUAUGGAUGUUUUGGAUCCAAACACCUGCGACAGAGAGAAGUAUGGUUUGUUAGCAAGCAUUAUCCGUUUCCGUAUUUCUUCAUCCUCGAUGCCGUUCUGUUAUCUGUACACCCAAGUAUGUGAGCUGUUCUACUACUUCUAUAUUAGCGUCGUCUAUUGUUAAAUUCUGCAAGGUUCGUUGGUUCCUUGCUUGUAUUAGGGCUUUAGUUUUAUUUACGUUGACGACCAGUCUUUUUUCGCAUUUUCUUCAAGCUCCACAUUUAGUUCUGUAACGUCUCUUGCGGUUUUUCCCAUCAAGUUUGGAUCAUCUGUGUACAUUGCAAUCUGCUUAGACUUAUUAAACAGUAAUUUUUUUGAUUUACGGACAUAUUUUUCUGAUGACGUAUUUCAUACAUCCUUUUUAUCAAAUUCUGGAAAGCUAUAUUUUUAACCGACAUUUCCUAGUCAAUCAGGGAAUGAAUACACAAGACUAAGACCAAUAAAAGCCGGAGUACCACAAGAUAGUGUCUUAAGACCGAUAUUGUACUUGCUCUACACUGCUGACCUACCGACAAGUGUGACAGAACAACGUGUGCAACUUUUGCUGAUGACACCGCUGAACUAGUCUCUCGCCAUGAUCCAAUCACAGGAUUUAGAACCCUUCAAAAAAAUCUUAAGAAUAUCCAAAGAUGACUCAAAAAAUGGAAGAUAAAGGCGAAUGAGAGUAAAUCCACCCAUGUAACAUUCACCACGAAAAGGCAAACAUGUCCAUCUGUAACUCUGAACGAAACACAACUCCCACAAACGGAUACUGUCAAGUACCUAGGAGAUUAACUUGGCAAAAGCACAUUUUCACAAAAAGAGAACUAGGAAUAAAGUUCCGAGAAAUGUACUGGAUCAUCGGUCGUAAAUCUCGACUAUAUCUUGAAAGAAAACUGCUGGCUGAUAUAUAAAGCUGUAUUAAAACCAGUGUGGACCUAUGGUAUCCAACUUUGGGGGACAGCCAAACAAAUCUAGAAAUACUGCAGAGAUUCCAUGCUGAAUGCCCCUUGGUACGUGCCAAACUAUGUGAUAGAGGACAGAGCAAGAUUUUAAUGUGCCAUCCAUAAAAACAGAAAUAACAGAAUAUUACAAAAAUUAUUCCAAGAGACUAGAAUUUCAUCCAAACGAGUUGGCGAACAUCCCCACUGUUGACCAUAAUGAUGUACGACGCCUGAAGAGAUUCAAAAUAGUGGACCUAGCAAAUAGAUUCGAAUAAUCUGUGAUAACUUAACUUAUCUUAACUUGUUUUAAUUUAAUUUAUGUAAAGACUGUGAUCACUGGAUCUCCCUAUACAGGCCAAAUUUUUAAUUUUUGUCUAAUACUUUACCUAUUCUUCUUAGUUAAGGACAGGUUAUAAAUAUUAUACAAUUUUAAAAAAAAUCUGGACAAAGUACGGUAUCCCCCUAAAUUAAGAGGGCUGUGAAAUUGCGAACGCAAGUUGCAUUUAUCAUAUUUGGUAAACUUGUCAUUAGUUGUCAACUUGACAUUACAUUACGGUUAAAAUCUUUGUCAUUUUGGUUCUUUCUACCGAUGAAACAGUUUUUUUUAGUAGACCAUUAUUCCCGCUCAUGUGGAGUUGAACGUAAUAAUGGCCCAUGUUUAAAACAAGUGCCAGAAAGACAUCAACAUCAACAUUUUAACAAGGCGUCCCCUAGUAAAGCUGUAAUGCUAGCGGUUGUUGAGAAAUUUCGUCGCACUGGUCGCAUUAUGUCAACGUAAAGGUUCUUCAGGUCGUCGAAGAACAGUUUGUACCGAUACUAUAGUUUGUUUUUUUAACCAAGAGGAGUGAUUCAAAUUUACCGCGCCGUAAUGCUUGUUUCUAAUUGGUCCAACCGCAGGCAAGUUUACUCCCAUUGACAUAUUAAGCCUAGAGUCGGCAUACUCACCAAAAAAGCGUAAUGCGGAAACAGCAUGUAAACAGUCGAUCGGUGGUCUAUCUAUCUCUUUUAACCAAGCGACUUUUGACAUGUGACGGACAAAGAUGGCUAGACCACUCAAUCCUAUGUCGGCGUUACACCUCGAUGCAUAGAGUGGCAUAUCCCUAGCACAGAAUAAAUAACCACACAGAAGCGAAUCUGACUGUCGUUUCCAUUGAUUUUGUGGGGACCAAAAUAUUUGACCUUGUGCACCAGUUACAGAAUAGAAUUUGAUGUUCUAAGGAAUAGACCAUUCCAAAUUAGGUAAUAUUUUUGACAAGUAGUUAUUAAUUAAAUAUGAAAUAUAAAAUUUAACUAUAAAAUAUAAAUAAAAUAGAAAAUACAACAUCUAUAAAUAUAAAAUUUAACUAUAAACAACUGUCACGUCAGUCGCAAAAGUGAGGUUGCACCAGUUACGUUGACACAUGAGCAUGAAAAUUAUGUUACUGUUUUCGGCAGGAGUUUCGCUUCUGUGUGGUUAUUUAUUCUGUGUCCCUAGCCAAGUCUAUCCUCUUUACAUGUGGCUGUUUACUCCACUGUUAUUAAAUUUUGACACUAAUGAAAUUUUGGCACUGUCAUUUUAUAGGUUAAUUAAGUAUAUCGGCGAUUUUUUGCGUUUUCUGCAUUAUUCCUUUAAUUUUUAGAUUUUUAGUCUACUUUUAUAUAAAAACAGUUGUUUUUAGAACUCUUUAGCGAUGCGAUGUGUUAGUAUAAUAUAAUAUGUAUGGAUUAUCAUCGAAAGCUGAUUUGAUCAACGAAAAAAGAAUAUGAAUUUGGUGACUUUUCUAGUAACCUUCUUGGGUGUGAAUCUGUCUUUUUAGUUUACUCAUCUUGAUUAAAAAAUCAACUUAUAGUGAAAGGCGCGUGGAUAACCAAAUCAUCCAAUUUCCACAAAGAAGUCUUGUACGAACAGCACGUAAACUGAAUAUAAGUGAAACAUCUACACGUCGAAUGUUCAAAUCUAUUGGCGGCUUUCCAUACCGUAUUCAAGUGGGAUAACGACUAAAUGUUGUGGAUAAACGUGAAAGAGAAAUUUACUGUGGACGCAUGCUGAGCUUAGGCCCGUAUUCAUAGUCGGUACUCAAGUCUGAGUCGAUGCUUAAGGUCGACCUUGAACAAAUUCUUAUACAAAUUUGUAUACAAAUUUUUUCAAGGUCGACCUUAAGCAUCGACUCAGACUUGAGUACCGACUAUGAAUACGGGGCUUAGUGUAUGAAGAAGAUCCCGAUUUAUUAAGAAACGUUUGGUUUUCUGACGAAAGUCACAUUCACCUCAACGGUUACAUCAACCGAUAAACAAAUCGAUUCCUUUAGUUUGAAUUUCCUGAUGCCAUUGCAGAAAAGCCUCUCCACAGUGCUCGAGUAGCCAUUUGGGUUGCUGUGUCUGGUCAUGGGAUAAUUGGUCCUUAUUUUGUUGAAGACGAGAAUGAACAGCCAGUUACUGUCAAUCAAGAGCGGUACAGACAUAAUAUUGUGACACCUUUUGUCGUGCGCGUAAUUUAAGUAUCCGUAAGCAAUGGUUUCAACAAGAUGUCGCAACAAGCCUUAAAGCCGACCACUACAUAAAUUGGCUCUGUGAACAUUUUGGUAACAGAAUAAUUUCUCGUCACACAGAUUUCGAGUAUCCACUUCAUUCACCGGAUUUAACACCACCUGAUGUCUACAUUUGGGGUAUGAUGAAGAAUUCCCAUAUUUCGCUCGGAAAAUCCGCCAGAAACUGUUAAGGCCGCGUCCCACGAUCAAAUAAUUUGAUCAAACUGGUUUGAGCAAACUGAAAGUGACAGUUAGUGACGUCACAUCCUGAGUGUUCAUUGUGGAUAAUAAUGAAACAUUUUAAUUUUAAAUAAAGUACAAACAAGUUAGACAACUCAAUACAAAAAAUUUGAUCAAACUAGACUGAUAGUGAGAGCACAGAUUUGUAGAAUUUCAAAAAAACUGCAAUUGUGACGUCACUUUGACGUACUUCCUCAAGUACGUCAAGUUUGCUCAAACUGUUUGAUCAAAUUAUUUGAUGGUGAGACGGCGGCCUUUAGAGAACUACGGAAAAGAAUACAAACUAUUUACAACAUUUGCAGCAACCGCUUUUCUUAAAUAUGUUGAAUGAUCUUCAGAAACCAUAUGAAGCUUGUUUGCAACGCCAUAUAGUGCACAUUUUGAACAUAUUUAUUAUAAAAAUUAAUACAUAAUUUUUUUUUUUAAAACAUUUUUGAUUUUUUUUUUAUAUAUUUUUUACUUUCAGUACUGUUUAUUUUGGCGGAUACUGUAUUUGGUGACUAUUGAUGAUGUAUGAAAUGAAAAACAUGGCGCAAAAAGUCUUACCUGUUGUAUAAAAGCAGUCUAGUAGAACUAAUAUGGAAGCAAGUAAAACUACCAGAAGACUGAAACCUAAAUAUGGUUGUACCUAUCCACAAAAAAAGAAAUCGAAACUAUUUAUGAUUAGACCGGACAGUAUCGUCGCCCCCGCUAGCGAAAUUAUUCCGAUUCGAUUUUUUUGCACAAACUUACUCAAAAAGAGGUCCUUAUAACAUAUCCACAGGGUGCCGGGCGGUGCCGUGGUCGAAAAAUUGUUAUACAAUUUUUUUAAACAAAUUCACAAAAAUAAUUUUUUCAUUUCGAACAAUAUUUUUUAGAUAAUUUGGGUCAUUCUGAGCAAAAAGGUAUCUUGGCAUUUUUGUAUAAAAUUGAUUGUUGUCGAGUUAUAUGCGAUUAAAAAUUUGAAAAAUGCAAAAAUGGCCAUUUUCAAGGCCUAAUAACUCGAUUAAAAAUUAUUAUUAUGAAAUUCAAAAAGUGAACAAAUCAAGUUUUAAACCCCUUCUUCAAGGUCCUGAAGAGAUUUUUGCCAUUUUUUUUUUAUUACAAAGGUGCUAUUUUUAAUUAUUAACAAUUAGCGCUAUAGUCCAACUGUAUUGUCGCCCCCGUUAGCGAAACUAUUUCGAUUCGAUUUUUUUGCACAAACUUUGUGAAAAUGUGCUUUUGCCAAGUUAAUCUCAUAUCAAGGUGGAUUCCUAGGUACUUGACAGUAUCCGUUUGUGGGAGUUCUGUUUCGUUCAGAGUUACAGAUGGACAUGUUUGCUUUUUCGUGGUGAAUGUUACAUGGGUGGAUUUACUCUCAUUCGCCUUUAUCUUCCAUUUUUUGAGUCAUCUUUGGAUAUUUUUAAGAUUUUUUUGAAGGGUUCUAAAUGCUGUGAUUGGAUCAUGGUGAGAGACUAGUUCAGCGGUGUCAUCAGCAAAAGUUGCACACGUUGUUCUGUCACACUUCUCGGUAGGUCAGCAGUGUAGAGCAAGUACAAUAUCGGUCUUAAAACACUAUCUUGUGGUACUCCGUCGUUUAUUGGUCUUAGGCUUGUGUAUUUAUUUCCCUGCUUGACUAAAAUAUCGGUUAAAAAUAUAGCUUUUUAGGAUUUGAUAAAAAGGAUGUAUGUAUGAAAUAUGCCAUCAGAAAAAUGUCCGUAAAUCCAAAAAAUUUACUGUUUAAUAAGUCUAAGCAGAUUGCAAUAUACCAGAUGAUGUAAACUUGAUGGGAAGAACUGCAAGAGACGUCACAGAACUAUAUUUGAAGCUUGAAGAAAAUGCGAAAGAAGACUGGUCGUCAACGUAAAUAAAACUAAAGCCCUAAUACAAGCAAGGAACCAACGAAACUUGCAGAAUUUAACAAUAGACGACGCAAAUAUAUAAGUAGUGGAACAGCUCACAUACUUGGGUGUACAGAUAACUUAGAACGGCAGCGAGGAUGAAGAAAUACGGAAACGGAUAAUGCUUGCUAACAAAGCAUACUUCAGUAGGGGGUGGGACACUAAACAGUGGAAAAAUUUUGUAGAUCUUCGGAAAAUUUCGACGUUUUGGCCCACCAAAAUUUCGGCGUUUGACCCACCCCCAAAUUUCGGCAAUCUUAUGUGGGAAAAUUUCUCACUACCUGGUAGCACCUACUCACACCCGUGGACCAAUCAAAUGUACCUGACUGCAUGCCUACCAGUUUUUAUUCAAAUUUUGUUAAUCAUAUAUCUAUUAUAAUUCGAAAAACAAAAAACGCCUGUGCGGGGAUUUGAGCCGACGUCCCUCUGUGUGAGAAAUUUACAAGGCAGGUCAAAGCUAAAAAAGCAGGCUUGGAUGACAGAAGACAUUUUGGAUUUGAUGGAACAACGGCGAUUAGCGAAAAGCAACGAAACACUUUAUAACAGCAUACAAAAAGAAAUUCGACGUAAAAUACGAGAAGCAAAGAGUCAACAUCUAGCCAAACAGUGUCAAGACAUUGAAGAACUUGAAAACAAAUAUGACACGUUUAACAUGUAUAAAAAAGUGAAAGAAGCGGCUGGUAUCUUCAAUAAGAAACAAACUGCAUUGCUACAAGAUAAACAUGGUAAAGUAAUAUUUGAAGUAGAAGACAAACUUAAAGAAUGGGAAAAUUACGUUACGAACCUAUUCGAAGACCAUAGGAGUAGUUCACCACCCAAUAUUACUAACCCGAUAUUACUAACUGCGACGGACCCCUAAUACAAUCAUCAAAAGAUGGCAGAGCGACUGGUCCUGAUGAAAUUCCAACUGAAAUAUAGGUACAAGCUUAUAAAUGAUAGCAAUGUUUUAGAGGCUAUAACUUCGUUUUUAAAUACCAUUUAUACCAGGGGACAACUUUUCACUGUUUAUAGCUCUACCUAAGAAGACAACAGCAAAAACCUGUGCUGAUUAUAGAACCAUCAGUUUGUUAAACCAUUUAUUGAAAAUUUUUCUGAAGGUAAUACAUCUACAAUAAAUGCGAGGAAUACCUGGAUGACACACAGUUUGGUUUCCGUAACGGGUUUGGAACGAGAGAGGCAUUGUUUGGAAUAAACGUACUUGCUCAAAGAUGUCGAGAUAUAUCUAUAGACAUAUGCUGUUGUUUUAUUGACUUCCAAAAGGCAUUUGAUCGUGUUAAGCACUCUAUAUUGAUCGAAGCUCUAAGACAUAGGCUUGGACGGCAGAGAUGUUCGAAUAAUUGCAAAUUUAUACUGGAAUCAAACAACAUCAGUUUUAGUAGAUGGUGUGGAAUCACAGGCUCUUAAUAUUAAAAGAGGAAUACGGCAGGGAUGCCUCUUGUCAGCACUGCUUUUCAACGUUUACUCCGAAAGAAUUUUCAGAAAAGCUCUUUCUGAACGGAGACAGGUCUGGAUCUGAACAUUUUUGAAGAUUUUUGACCCCCCCCCCCAACCUGCGUUACGUAAUACUUGAACGGUUCCUAAACAGAAGCAUAUAAAACCGUCUAUAUAUAUGUAAAUAAAACCAAACUUGAGCAAGUUGAUAAAAUCGUUUACCUUGGACAGCAACUAAAUUGUAACGCAGAAAGACACGGCAAAAUUAGAUCUAGGAUAUGUUAUGUAAUUUAAUAAAACUAUGGACCGA